AUGUUGCGAGUGGCAUGGCGCUACGAUGAUCACUGGUCAGGAGGCCUGGCGGCUUGGAGAUCCGGCUCGCAGUUGCGGUAUCUCGGGCUGCGGCAUUUGAGUCGCGAUCUCCACCGCCCGGACGGUGAACGUAGCUUAGUGAUGCAGGUGGAGCUGGAUCGGCAGAAGGUGAUGAAACUGGGUCCAGUGCAGCUUAAGCAUGCCAUGGCUUUGCUACUGGCGAACUUCAUGGAACCCUUUGACUUGCCUUUGCAUCGGUCUCUGAAGGAUCUCGAAACCGCCGUGACCUUGGCGAGGCAUGGGCAGCUGGCGUUUGAGCCUGAGGGCUGGUUGAAAGGCCACGCCAAUGAGGUUGUGAUUGUGCGGCUGAAGGAUGAGCACGAGCAUGAGCUCUACGCUCUGGAGCAGAUCGCUAAGGAGGUCUUGAAGCAGCUGAAGCUGCUUGCCUCACAGAAUUCUCUCGCAGCAGCUGGUUUCAAGGUAAUGAGCGUGGACAGGAAGCUGAGGGGCACAUUGGUGUCCCAGGUGGAUUCAGAGUUGCUGCUGGUGAAGUGGGAGGAAGAAGAGGAGCUCCGUGCCAUGGAGCAGUCGGAGGUGAUGACUGUGCGCCCGGUGCCCUGCAGCUUUGGGGCAGAGCUCAUGAAGCCUGAGAGGCGCCACGAGUGCCUCCAGUAUUUGCACAUGGCCCAGGAGGCCUACGACAGCCAGUUGGCGACGCCCACGACCUGGGAGCUCUGCGUGGACGGCUUCCGAAGCUUGAGCCGGUGCUGCCGAAGGGGCCGACGCUUGGAGGUUUGGUUAGCUUGUCGUGGCACCAGCAACGUUCGAGAAGCAGUGGCCGACUUCAAGUUUGGGCUGAUCACGUGCCGCAACGGGCUGACCGGUCGGGUGCACCGUGGCUUUUGGGAAGCCUUUGAGGCCUUGUGGCCUCGUUUGCUGAAGAAACUGGAGGAGAUCAAGGAGGCAGAUGAUGAGGUGCUCUUCCACAUCACAGGCCACAGCUUGGGGGCCGCGCUCGCGACCCUGUUGGCUGUCAAGUUGGCACAGACGUUUGGCGAGCCAGGGCGAGCGAGCCCAGUGACCUGUGUGACAUGGGGUUCGCCACAGGUGGGAGACGAAGCGUUCCGCACGCACUAUCUUGCGUGGGUUCCUCACACUGCUCGCUUCGUCAACAAGUGGGAUUUGGUGCCCUGGCUCCCUUCACCCACUGGCUGGCUUGACGGGCUGCUUGGUGAGGAUGAACGACAAGGCGUGCUGUACAUGAAGAGUGUCUACCAACUCUGGCGAGAGAUUCAGCAAGGUGCAGCUGUUGAGGAGUAUGUGCAUGUCGUCGAGGCUACCCAGCUGGAGACCAGUGUUUUCGAACGCUUCUCUUGGGCUGCCUCCCAUCUAUUAACCGCAUGUGCCUACCACCAGAGCGGUGAACACUGGAGGAUGAGUUUUCCCAGCCUCUCAAAAGCUUUGGAGGAGGCCUUAGCUCCACACCUCCUGAGCGCCUAUGAAGCGAACUUGGAAAACAUAGAUGGCAUCGAUGGCCCUGAGAAGUUGAUCUUUGAGCUUCUGAAGAACUUUGGAGCUCUGAAGGCGCAGCUCUGGAAGCUCAAGGAGCAAUUCGCUCCACCGUCAACCGCUCUGUCGGAUCCUAGCAUUGCCCGCAUGGUGGCGCCUGCAAUGCCACUGAGCCUGCCAGUGGUAAACCUGGUGACCUCGCUGGUGAGCACGGCAGGGACGUGGUAUGGCUUGUGGCGGGUGAAGCAGGAGCUUGGUGACUUGGGUCAAAGGCAGAAGGCUGACUCGAUGCGUUUGCAGCAGCUGGUUGAGCAGCUGGAUCGGCUUCCAGAUGAUCUCAUGCAGCGGAUUCAGAUUAAUGAGAUUCGGAAGAAGGUGAAGAAGUUGAAGGACUUGGCUGUACUCCUGGAAGAGGAGGCAGAUCUAAGCCAGGCCCGCCUUGACCAGCGCUUGGAUCAACGAUUGGGCUUCAUUGCUGACAUCCGCAAGGCCGCAAAAUAUUUGCAGGACUUGAUCCGACCCGAAUGCCAGUGGCUGGCAUGGCAGGUCCUGGAGGCCAUAUGCACUGGGUAUCGUAUGGAGCUUGAGAUGCAUCGGACUGGAGACCCCAAAAGUCUCCCAGUGCGGGCCCGGCAGAUCUGGGACACCUUGGAGGGUCCGGUGUUGGAGCUGGCCUGGCAUUGCGUCAGGCGCCCGGGGCAGUUGCGCGAUCUGGCACCCUCCUGGUGCAGACUGGCCGUUGAGCUGCAAGAUGCUCGAGAAGCGGCGCCCAUGGACGUUGACGCCUUGGCAGUGCGUGUGGUCAAGGCACUGCGUUCGGAGGUGCCCGCAGCGGCACAGGAGUGGUUCCGCCAGGUGUUGCCAGAUCUGCCAAUGAGGGGCUCAUCUCCGCGGGCGGUGGAUUUUCUGUUUGGGCUAUGGUGCCGCGGGAGCAGCUGUGGUAUGGUGACUUGGGAGCACCUCCAGGUGGCCAAUCAGAUCGCCUCCGAUUAUCCGCUGUCACCGAACGACGAGCAGCUGCUGGUUAGCCUAAUGGCGGAGCGCCAGGAGCAAUGUGCUGUUCAGGCUGAGCUGGCCAAUGGGCCAAUGGGAGGGCACGGAAUGUUCUCGGACGCACCUGACUGCGCCAUGCACCCGGGCUGCUCCGGUGUUUUUGUUUGGGUUUUUGGCCCACUCGCGACGCGCGACGCGCGACCCGCGCGACGUCCCAUCCGAAAGUCUCAAGAACUGUCCUCGAUGGAUUGGCAGGUGGUCCUGAAGACUGAGAUGGGAAGUCCUGACACCUUCCUGCAAGAACUCGAAGUUCCUGAAGGGCACGACCCAAUCAGUGACUCUCAUCGCAGCCGGGCGGCCCAACAGUUUGCCAAGCUUCAGGCACAGGCAGGGCAGGAUGCUUCAUUCCGGGAGCUGAUUGAGAAACUUCCAGCAGAUCUCAACUGCCUGCGAUUGGAGUUCCCUGGAACUUGGACGCUCAGUGAUGGCUCCCUUCUCGAGCUGGCGCGUGUGUUGGCGCGCAACACGGAGCUGGUGGAGCUGAAGUUGAACUUCCAGGGCCAUCUGAACCUGGAAGCGAAGACCAUCAAUCAGCUGUCCAGACGCAUGCCGAAGAAGUUGAGGUGUUUGAGCUGGGCUUUCGAGCACUCGCGGACAGAUGCUCAGAAGGAUGGCAAUGGCGACUAUGGGCCCUUGUUUCAUCUGGCUCGCUCGUGGCCACCCACGGUGACCGAGCUCAGCCUGCACUUCCGGAGCAAAGGUGCUAUCAGAAAUGAGGUCAUCGACGAAGUGGCCAGGAAGCUCUCAGACCGCUUGACCUCCUUGAGCCUGAGCCUUGAAUGCCCUUUCCCGGUCUCGGACAAUUUCAGCGACAAGUCCAUGAAAGGACUGCUUGAAAGGCUGCCUGAAGGACUUGAGUCCCUUCAUUUGGCUUGGAGUGCGGCGAGCAGCAAUAUCAGCAAUAAGUCUCUGAAGGUCUUGGCAGACCAGCUCCAGAUUUUGCGUGGCCUGCGCUGCUUCUCCAUGAGCCUCAGUGGGAACUUCAAUCAAUCGCUGCUGAUGGAGAACCUGCCAGAGGGUCUUGAGCCAAUCAGCCACAAAACGAGUGGGACUUUCGAGGCAGCAGGUUCUCAGCUUGUGCUGCGCUGUGAGCGGUCAUCCUGUGGCAGCUAG